GAAUUAUACUGCUUGAUCGGUCUUGUGGGGUCGUUUUGCACAGACUUGCAUGCAUGAGGCCCAGGGCCAAUGUUUGUCGGGCGUGCCGAUCCAUCGCCAUUAUGGGCUCCAGGGCUCCGAGGGUCUUACUCGGCUUUGUGCCGUUCUUGAGGCAUUGAACCAGCCCAGCAUCACCCACACUACGGUGAUCCGGUCAUCGAACGGUACUGGUCAGGACUGGCGCGCCCUUUGUGUAAUUCACAAAGCCCCUGGUGCGAUCCAACAAGGAAAACGCCGAAUGUCAGCGUGACUCGGAGCCGCAAUCGGACAGCAUGACAGUCGAGGCCCGGCCGGAAGUCGGGAGAGCAGCCGGUCAAGUUCCAUUACCCUCCAUCCUGGACAUGGUCCAUAUGCCAUUGCCCCAACACGUCUCCAUUUGCUAAUCAAUCUAAAGUUGAGCCUCGGGCUUCAUAUCCAGACGAAACGCUCACCCGGCGACUUGCAAGACGGCCAGCCAUACUUGUCAGUCCUGGGAGGGGGGUUCAGCGGCCGCGGGGUCUGUCAUGUGCGACUUCAGGACCACCAAUCGAGCAGGCCAUCCGUCAAACUGCCGUCCCACCCGUGGGGUUGUUAGACUACACUACACCAUGUCGAGAGAGGAAUAGUGGGUCUAGAAACACAACAGGGGCGACCACUCCUCUGCCCUCUCGGGCCAUCUGCUUGGCGGCCAUGCCACGGUAAUAGGCCGCGGAUAACGGCGACAACGACACCAGCAACUUCUAUCUUUUUUUUUCUUCGCCUCACAUGCGGCUAGCUCGUGUUAGCCAACGGCCGCACCAGUCAUGGGUCUGAUCCCAGGACUGUAACCGGUUCCUGUGUGGCUGGAUGCUGGUCCUGGUCAUCGAGCCCGAUCCAGCAGCCCGGGAGUGACCAACUUCUGCUUGCCGCCUGUCCACCGAUACUCGGACCGUACCCGUCAUUCGAGUCAACUGGUCGGUGUCAUUCUCUUAAUCGACCUGUAUGUGUGUGGCAAGGAAAAAGAGUCUUCCUGGCUUCGGCCUAUCGUUCGGUCGAAAGAGCAAGCUAUUCACGACCCACGACGGAUCUGUUGCUGCCGGCAGCCGAUGACUCUUUGUGGCAACCCGCCCUCCCAGACCCGGAUGCCACCUCGCGCGGGAAUGUACUCAGACCUACAGAUGCACAGGAGCGAAUACAGUCUAGCAGUCCAGAUAAGGCGAGAGCCCUGCUGUCACCACAAGGCGGUGGGGCCCGCCCCUGGCUAGCCUCUUUCUUGUCUUCUCCUGCCCUACCGCUGCGAUAUCGUCUCCCCAAUAUGUGGGAACCUCCCCCGGACUACUACUAUGUAUAUCGCCCUGGCCCCAUUCCGCCCGGGUUUGGUCCGACUGACGGGAUUUUCCCGAUUAUAUUGUCAUUCUUUCCCACCUUAUAUGUGCCGUCUUCUCAGUCCUACAUGAUCUAUUAACCCCCUCUUGGCAAACGAGUACCUCGUUUCGCCUGCGAUGAUACCUACAUCCUCCCCCCUCAUUCUUUAAAAGGAGUUUCUUGAAGUCCCUACCCCCUGCCACAUCGUGAUGGCCAAGACGGAGAAACAACCCCAUGUCCCUGCCGCGGGAGAGCCGCACAGUCAGGAACAAGACCACGACAGCUACGGUCACGAUCUAGAGGCAGGGCGGGUCGAGAAGGAAGGGGACCGCCACUCGACAACCCUCUCGGCCUCGGAGCACUCAGAGGACAACUUGUCAGCGUCGUCCAGCCCGUCCUCCUCCCGCCGGCACAGCACCGCGAGCUCGAGAAGGGGCGGUUCCCCGACCCGGCGGGCGCAGAGCCCCGGCGGCAGCCCCGUGGCCCGCGUCUCGACCAACGUCUCGCUCGGACCGGACAACCCCGUUGAGCACUACACCUCCUUCGUCGAGGUCCCGGACUCGGUCUACGACCGGAUCCCGCAGCACCGCAAGCUGGUCAUCAUCGCCCUGCUGUCGUACUGUGCCUUCCUGGCGCCUAUCUCGUCCACCACCGUGCUCUCCGCUGUCCCUGAGGUCGCCGCCACCUAUAAAACGAACGGAUCCAUUAUUGGCCUGUCCAAUGCGCUGUAUAUGCUUUUUAUGGGCCUCUCGCCCAUCGUCUGGGGGCCCUUCAGUGAGGUAUGGGGUAGAAAGAGCAUCACUUGUACGACAGCAGUUCUUUUCCUUGGGUGUAGCAUCGGUACGGCGCUGGCGCCCAACCUGGCCGCCUUCUUCAUAUUCCGCAUCUUGACCGCCUUUGAGGGAACAGCAUUCCUCCUUGUUGGUUCCGCGUGUCUACAAGACAUCUUCCGCCCCACGGAACGAGCCACGGCGAUGGGGUGGUUCCUCAGCGGGACUCUGGUCGGGCCAGCCAUCGGCCCGUUCAUAGGCGGCAUUAUCGUCACGUAUACUGACUGGACCGUCAUCUUCUGGGUGCAGGCCGGACUCGCAUUGGUGGCGGCGCUCGGGACCUUCUUCUUGCUGCCCGAGACAAUACACCACAAGAAGUAUGACGACCUCGAGGGCUUAAGCACGAAGAGAAAGGCGCAUGUACUCGCCAACAUGGUCAACCCGUGGAGGGUGCUCAAGCUCUUCCUAUUGUACCCGAAUCUUAUCUUGACUGGGAUUGCAUCUUCAUCCCUCGUUUGGAACAUGUACUCGCUACUCACGCCGAUCCGGUACGUCCUCAACCCACGCUUCGGUCUCACGACGCCCAUGCAGUCCGGCCUGUUCUACCUGGCCCCGGGGGCGGGCUACCUGCUGGGGACCUUUGUCGGGGGCCGGUACGCCGACCACGUGGUGAAGAAAUACAUCAGGAAGAUGGGGGGCAAGCGGGUGCCCGAGGACAGGCUGCGCUCGGCGGUCCCGUUCAUGGGCUUGGUGAUCCCGGGCUGCGUGCUGAUCUACGGCUGGAGCGUGGAGAAGAACGUCGGCGGGAUCCCGCUGGCCGUCAUCGUGCUGUUCCUGCAGGGCGUGGCGCAGCUGUUCUGCUUCCCCAGCCUCAACACGUACUGCCUGGACGUCAUGCCGGGCCGGGGCAGCGAUGUCAUCUCGGGCAACUACGUCGUGCGUUACCUGUUUGGGUGCCUCGGCACCGGCGUCGUGCUGCCCGCUGUGGAGGGCAUCGGCGUGGGCUGGUUCAGUACUAUCAGCGCGGCGUUCCUCGUGUGCAGCGCCGGGGGGCUGCUGGCCACCAUCAGAUGGGGCGGCGGGUGGAGGGAGACGGCUGAUCGCAAGAGGAGGGCAAGGAAGCUGGCGCGGACAGAGAAGGAUAAGGCGAGGGAGCCGAGGCAUACGGAGGGUUUUGGCAGGCCCUCGUCGAGUCCUGUAGGGCCUGACCACGAACAUGAGAGGCCAGGGCACAUGGGUGCUGAGAAGCAGCGCGUGCAGGCGUCAGCAGAGGUGGGCGCGUCGAUACCGAAGGGUGCGAGCCCAGAAACGACGUCAUGAGGAGCAAGCUCUGAUGGACGAGGCUUGGAUCUUGGGCUCGCCUGAUAAAUCGGUCCAGAGCCGCCCGCAGAUAAAAUCGUGAUUGUAUCAGCGACCUCGGGAUGCCAUGACGUGAGCCCGUGUCCCUUUGCCCGUCUCGUCAUGCAGCUCCCAGGAGGCCAUGCUACCGUGAGAGUUUGAAAAUGAGACUGAGGUUCUCGGUGCACUCUGGACGGGACGGCUGCCCAGAUCCAGUGAGCCCGUGAAACUAGAAGUUUGGACAUUUGCGCAAGGGCAAUCGGAGAGAAGCUCCGACGGUAUGUCCCCAUCUUAGGGCUGUAUGGGAAUAUACUCGGAGGUUGCUGAUGUUGGCAUACAAGGCUGAGACCACAUCGAGCAUCGUGUGCACAACGCGUCAAGCCAUCCCGCGAAAGCCCGCCGACGGAUAGCAGGCUGCCCGGCUACGUUCUGGAAAGCGCAACAUCUUUACCGGCCCCCAUGUAUGUCACCCAAGGCCGGGGGCUUGGUGGCCCGUUGGUCUUGAUCUGUUCGGACAGUUUUCCCGCUUUUUGACACCGCGGGCAAUUUCCGUAGGCAUCAGACUACCGUUGCUGAUCGUGUUUCCAUCCUAGUACGAAGUAGGUCUGCUCAGGUGUCCGGGCAUCUCCCCAGCCCAGCCCCAGCCCCAAUCUCGUAUGGCACGGCAUCAUAUUAGACAACUUCCUGGCCUUCUAUGGGAUAGCCUCCUUUGGGGGUGCUCUAGAUAGACAGACAGACAAGUUGAAGGGGCUUUGGUAUACCAUUCAAAACGGGUUAAAGGUGGUGUCCUGGUCAAUGCCGCUGAUCGGGAAACCAAAAGGCACAACUGGCUGGCUGGCUUUGUCCCAACAGGUUGGCUUAAAUCGACACCGAGAUGUGGCACCUGUAGUAUUCCUGCUGGGGACUCGGGACUCGACCUCUGAGAUGAAUUCAGACGGAAGGUGGUGUCGUCUAAUAAGAGGACGGGACACCUGGAGACGGA